AUGGAUCAAUUAAUAGAAUUAGUACCAUUCCUUCAAGAACAAAAGUCAGAGAUUAAGAUCUUGGCAUUACAACAUUUAUCGGGUGUAUCGGGUGACCAAGCAGCAAGAGAUGUACUCAAACAAACAAAUAUCAUUGCUUUAUUAUUAAGAUUGGUUGGUGAUGAAAAUAAUGUUAUAAAUAGACAUGCAUUAACUAUUUUAAUUAAUUUAUGUCAAGAUGCAGAAAUGUUGAGUGAUAUUGUAAAACGUAAUAUUGUACCAAGAUUGGUUGAUGGUACCACUGAUAUGAAGAACAAGUUGGCAGAGAUUUAUUCUAUGCUCCUUUCAAAUAUUACACAUACCAAAGAAGGUUGUACUCAACUAUUACAGUACGGUAGAGAGUUGGAAGGUUUUUACAUUCUCAAAUUGGCACAACAAUUGACCAACGACAGUAGUGUACCAUCAUCAAGUGCAUUGGCAAAUGGUGGUAAUUGGGUCAUCAACAUUUUACUCAACAUUACACAAAUCGAAGAAGGUAGAAAUAUCCUUUUAAAUGCUGAACAUGGUAUCUUGGUAUCACUCCUCCCUCUCUUGACUAGUAAAUCAGUUCUCAAACGUAGAGGUGCUAUGGGUAUCAUUCGUAAUUGUUGUUAUAGUACUGUUCAUCAUCAAUACCUCCUAUCCCCCGAAAUCGAUAUUCUCACUAAAAUGUUAUUAAUGAUUCGUGGUCCCAAUACUCUUGAAGAUGAUGAAAUGGAAGGAAUGAAUGAAUUAUUAAAGAAUAAACCAGAACAAGCAAGUAUCGAUAGAGAAGAGGACAAGAAAGUUAGACAAAUGAUUAUCGAAGCAUUGAUCUUUUUGACGUCACUUAAAUCCACUCGAAAGACUCUUCGUGAUAGAAAGGUGUAUCCAAUCGUUAGAAACUACCAUCUCGUUGAAAAGGAUGAAAAGAUUGGUGAAGAUAUUGAAAAGGUGGUAGAGAUGCUCAUCAGAGAUGAAGAUGAGUCUGCUGCAGACACUCAUAAAAAUUUCAAAAUCGAUGAUCCAAAUGAAGAUGAUGAUGCUUCAAAUAUUGAAGAAAUUUAA